AUGGUGGUGGUUCGAAGCUUCCAGGGCGCCUCCGACGUGCGCCUGACGGCGGCAACGCUGAUCCGGUGCCGAGACCAAGUGGCCACGGGCACUCAGGAUGGCAACCUUUUGCUGUGGAAUCUGGCGCCCGGGCGCCCGCGGCCUCAGAGACUCGCGGGCCAGUCCGGAUCCAUCACGUGCAUCAAGGCGUCCGGGUCGGGGAAGACGCUGGUCUCGGCCUCCACAGAUUCCACGGUGGCCAUUUGGAAGAUGCCUGUCGAGAAGAGACAGACCCCAGCGAUGUUGAAGUUGCACUUCAGCCCUGUGCGCUGCUGCGACAUCUCGACUGACGAGCGCUUGCUUCUCACUGCCUCGGACGACAAAUCUGUAAAGCUGACCUGGUUGGCGGAGCGCCGCUUCGCCGCGGCAUUUGCAGGGCACUCGAACUGGGUGCGGUCUGCAUCCCUCUCCUCAAGCUCUACACACAUUGUCUCAGGUGGUGAUGAUAAGACUGUGAAGCUUUGGGACGUGGAGCAGAAGUCUUGCCUGCAGACCUUCAGCGAUAGUGCUUCAAGCAUCACCUGCACUCGCUUCGGCUUGGGCGACCACGUCAUUAUUGCGAGCUCCUGGGAUUCCAGCAUCAAUCUCUGGGAUGUCCGCUCCUAUGGGAUCCGCCAGCAUUACGGGCGAGCCCAUGGAGGAAGUCCCAUUACCCAGGUGGCCGUCCACCCGCGCAGCGACCUGAUCUUGUCCUCUUCCUCGGACCGACAGCUGCGAGUUUGGGAUCUCCGCGCAGGGAAGCUUUGCUGCACUGUUCUUGGCCACGAGCGCCCAGUGCAUUCCUGUGGCUUCGAUGAAGCCGGGGACCAUUUCCUCAGCUGCGACAGCGAGAUGGUCCUCUAUUGGUCCUGUCCACCAUUGGCAGCUCCCUGCCCUCCGGCGCAGCCAGAGCCUACUCCCAGCUCUCUCGAGGCUGAUGCCCUGAACCUCCCGAGUUCCGCGCCCCGGAUCGACGGCCCGGUAUCCGAAGGCAGAAGCGCCGAGGCUUCCGACCCUCUCUUGGCAGGGCAGGCAGCCCGAUCGACGCAGGCCGAGGUGCCCAGGAGCCGAAAGGCUCCGAAGGAGGCGCUGCCGGAGGUCGUGGCUCGAACGGUGGAGAAGAUGGUCACCGACAUGGACACCUUGACGGCCACGCUUGCAGCACUGGAAGCUCGGAUGACUCGUACAGAGGCCAUCACGGCUGAGGUGGUGCAGCUGCUGCGGGCCCAGCCCGAGACCACACUGGAGGUCCCGGCUGCACAGAGUGAGAAAGCGGCAAUUCCGAGCGGCAACAACCGUCGCUGCGAGAAGAUGUUCAGAAAAGUGCGGCAGAUACCUCAAAACCCAACACCAACUGCGGACGCGUCGCUGCACCAUGUCCAUGGGCAAGGCCCACCGCAGGGCUUUGAAUGCAUCCAGGUCUUCUCGCUCAUUCCUGCGGAGGGCGGCACAAUGUACCAACGUCGAGGGCACCCCGAUGCUGAUUCCAAGCUACCGAACGUGGCAAACGAGGACUUUUCUCGCAUUGGCAAGGAACAAGGGAUGUGGCGCAUUGAGGGCUUGAAGCUUGGACAGGGUGAGCUGGCGAGGCAAGUGCAGGGUGAGGGAGGAGAGGGCGCGCAGGAAGGGGAGGGAAGAGCCGCAGUGGCUUAUGAUCUGAAUCGGCUCCUGGUCGAGUCUUGGAUGCAAACAGCCUGGCAAAAGUAUCGCACACCUCUCGUCAUGGUUGCCAUGCUGCUUGGAUGCGAAAUCAUGAUUAAUGGCGCUUGGAUGUUUUUCGCCCCCGGGGACCAGCGCCCCUUCGCGAAAAACGCGGCCGAGGAUCACACCAGGCACCUCAGAGGCCUGGUCGUCCGUCGCGACCGGGGUAUUCUCAGCCCCACAGUCUUUCCAAUGCUGGUCUUCCCACUGCUCUUCGUGCAGCAGCCCCGUGGCUACAUCAUCGACCAAAGGCGAGUCACACUGCAGAAUCCUCCCCUGCUUCCUUCCCUGCUCUGCAUCGGAGGAGAUACCACGGCUCUGCAGAAGGGUGGCAAACAUGGCGAAGGGGACGCCGCCCUCGUUUCCGAUGUCUACCGGAGAGUGAACAUGGCCAGCCUGCUGCAGGCCACUGACUACGAAGUACACGAGCUGCUGGUCGAGAAAGCCUUGGACCAAGGAAUGCUGAAUGCACUGGCAAAGGCUGUUUUGCUGAAUGAUCUGAUUCAGAGCUGCAAGGCUGCAGAACUGACGGAGUUGAAAGGCUUUUUGGACAGCACUGGAGACUACAACAGCUUGUACAAAUUGGUGUAUGUCGACAUCAAGGAUUCAAGCGCCCGCGAUCAGGUUCUCAGCCAUAUCCACACGCAGUCGUGCAUCGCCAGGAGGCAAGCCGGCGGAGCGGUGGGCAUCAAGGCCAACUGCGGCCGAAUGAAUUGUUUGAUUAUUUCAACUCGGGCUCGCAGGGCCCACGACGCAGCGGACCAAGAGGCGAUCCACCCGAACCUGGACUUGGACGAGGACCCGGAGCACCAGGGCAAGUCGAUGACCGACUACCUUUCCCUGGAAGUAUCGAGGCCGAGACGCCGAAGAGCCGCUUCGCUGUGA